UUCCGCUUCCUCGGCAUAGUUCCAUUGUGGCGUGUUUUUUGUGUCACGAGAGCGCAGCGCCAAAAAGCCACGUUCUGCUAAAGCUCCGCGUCCCUCCAUUCUACUGCAGAAUCGGAUAGACUUUUAAGUUGGUUAUAUCAGAAGGUGGCUCAUCUUAUCUUUUUGCCCUUCUUUUAUUUUAGUUUAUUUAUUUUACUCUGAACCCCCAAACCCAUCUUUGCCUUCCCUACCACCCCUUUUCGUCAGCGUGUAUUUUUAUUACCUUAUUUUGUUUUUGGUAUCUUCAGAGUUGGGAUCUGUGACGGCUCUUCAUGGCAGUCAGAAGGGGACACGUUAGAUACUUAAAAGAGGUCUAUGACAUGUCGAACGGUUACGAAGAUCACAUGGCCGAUGAGCCUAAAGAUGCCAAAACAAACCUCAUCGUCAACUACUUGCCUCAGAAUAUGAGCCAAGAUGAGCUGCGGAGUCUCUUCAGCAGCAUUGGGGAGGUGGAGUCUGCUAAACUUAUUCGUGACAAAGUAGCAGGCCACAGUUUAGGGUACGGAUUUGUUAACUAUCUUAACCCUAAUGAUGCAGAAAGAGCAAUCAGUACUCUCAAUGGACUGAGACUACAGUCUAAAACUAUCAAGGUGUCAUAUGCCAGGCCAAGCUCUGACACCAUAAAGGAUGCCAACCUUUACAUCAGUGGGCUACCUAAAACAAUGACGCAGAAGGACGUAGAAGAAAUGUUUACACGUUAUGGCAGAAUAAUCAACUCCCGUGUCCUCGUCGAUCAAGCGUCAGGACUCUCUCGUGGUGUGGCUUUCAUUCGAUUUGACAAGAGGUCGGAGGCAGAGGAUGCAAUUAAGGACUUGAAUGGGCAGAAGCCGCCAGGCGCUGCAGAGCCCAUCACUGUCAAGUUUGCUGCCAGUCCCAACCAAGUGAAAAACUCACAAAUUAUUUCCCAGGUUUACCACACACAGCCUCGCCGCUUCGGGGGGCCCGUCCACCACCAGGCCCAGAGAUUCAGGUUCUCUCCUAUGAGUGUAGACCACAUGAGCGGCAUGUCUGGCGUUAACAUGCCUGGAAACUCCUCGUCAGGCUGGUGUAUUUUUAUUUACAACCUGGGCCAGGAUGCAGAUGAGGGCAUUUUGUGGCAGAUGUUCGGGCCCUUCGGUGCCGUCACAAAUGUCAAAGUGAUCCGUGAUUUCAACACCAACAAGUGCAAGGGAUUUGGGUUUGUUACCAUGACAAACUAUGAAGAGGCUGCCAUGGCUAUUGCCAGCCUCAACGGCUACCGCCUCGGGGACAAGAUUUUACAAGUAUCGUUCAAAACAAGCAAGUCGCACAAGUAGAAAGCAGGGUUGCUAGGAAAAUGAAGG